AUGCCCAUAACGCUGGCCCUCCUCGAGCAACAGAUGCGGCCCGUUGGCCGAUGUGGUGAGGAAAGACGGGAGGAUACGGAGAGACGUCUUCGGGUUGGUUACCGAGUGUUUGCUACCAACAUAUUAAUCACACUGCCCCUCUGUUGGCCUCCCCCUGCAUGCAGUGUCGAAGCAUAUGCGAGCACGGUGCAAGUUGUCACAGAAAAGUCCCCGUCGUAUAUUCUCUACCAACGAGCCGCCGGUUCUCUCUCCGUAUACCUCAUGUCAUCUAUGGCUGAUGCCCUGCAAAGGUGUCUGGCCAAUGUGCGUUUGGCGUUGGGAUAUACGGCAAAAUCCCAAGAAACCGCCGAGGGUUUUGUUCAUCGCACCGACGGUGUGCCGGUGGAAGUGAGGAAGCAAAAGCAAUGCUCCAGUUUUCCGAAACCCCAGGUAGGAUUGCCACCAGUGACGACGAGGAGUGGCUCGAGUGAGAACGAGGUCAUGAUGCCGCCAUCCGACGGGAAGCUCAGGCCCGCCCCUGACCUGAGCGUCCUCGUAGCACAGCUUGAGCUUGUCCUCGGGAAUCCAGAGGCAGCCGCGGCAGAUGAUGCUCAGAGACUUCGGGUUAGGCAACUUGCGAGAUCUGCUUCCACUGCGCUCGAGCAGCCCUUUGAGACCCUGCAAAGGAUCGUUCAUUCUCCGCUACCCCUGAUCACCACAAGGAUCGCGCAGGAGCACAAGAUACACUCGACCCUCGUCGCUGCCAACGAGCCCGUCAGCUUUCAAGCGCUCAAGAAAGCAAGUGGCCUGGAAGAAGAUCUUCUCGGAUCCAUUUUGGACUACCUGAGUACCCAAGAUAUGGUACAAAAAACCGAGCGUGGUAAAUAUGCCGCUACCAGGCUUUCACGCCUGAUGACAGCGCCCCUAUUCCAAGAUGCUGUCAUCCACUUCCACGACAGUUGCCUCCCCGGUUUUGCGGCACUCAACACAGUCUUGUGCUACCAGGAUAAAGCAUUGAAUGCAUUCCAGACCGGACAGCACUCCCGGCAGGACUAUUACACGUGGCUGGAGUCACAUCCCGUGCAGCGGGAUGCCUUUCAUCGUUUCAUGGAGGCCCAGUUUACCAGCUUGCCGACUUGGCUGACUGUUGUCGAUUUUGCCUUUGAGAUGGGCAAGGGCCUGACGGAUGAUGAUGUGGCCUUUGUCGACGUCGGUGGUGGGAAUGGUCAACAGUGUAGCGAGCUGAAGCAGAAGCUGCCUCAGCUCAGGGGUCGCGUCGUCCUCCAGGACCGACCUGAUGUACUCGUCAAGGCCACUCCCUUUGAUGGCGUGGAGAAGAUGAGUUACGACUACCUCACGGAACAACCCGUAAAAGGUGCUCGGGUCUACUACUUCCGCCAGAUACUGCACAACAACGAUGACGAGACCUGUAUCCGUAUUCUAGCGUCGCAGCUACCGGCCAUGGCACCAGACAGCGUCAUCGUCAUUGACGAUAAGACUUUGCCUGAUGACAAUCCGCCGCAGGGAACUCCGGGGAUCGAGUAUGUUGCUGGCUUGAGCAUUGCCAUGAAAGUCAUGUUCAAUUCCCGGGAGCGGCGCGAAUCGCACUGGCGCGAACUCCUCGGCCGAGCGGGCUUGGUGGUCAAGGAUAUACGAAGGUUUACGCGGUUCGAGGACUCGGUGAUUAUCGCUGCCAAACUCUGA